AUGUCCGAUAGCAAAGUCUUUCUCUUACGACAUGCUGAAUCCCAGCAUAACGUCGACAAAAACUUUGAACGGCUUGAUCCUGCAUUAACGGAAUCUGGGAUUAAGGCUGCAGAACAACUGGGCUCGUCAUUCCCGGAACCAGAUUCUGUGGGCGUUGUCUUAUCAUCCCCGUCGCAACGCGCAAUCCAGACUGCGUUUGCUAUAUUCCCCAACGUCCUCGAUCGGCGAUAUUUUGACCCAGCAAGUGGGAACGGGGUCGAAGCAGGCGCGGUCUUCAUUGUAGACCCAGAUGCGCAGGAACGGAGCGCCCUCCCCUGCGAUACCUGUUCAACUCGAGAGUCCCUGCAAAAAAAAUUUCCUUACCUCGACUUCUCGCCCCUGUCAGAUGCGGAGGAUGCAACGUGGAGGUUAAAGACGGGCUCCUAUUCUGAGCACGACGAGGCUGUCAAAAUGCGAGCGAUGAGACUUCGAGAGACGUUGGAAACGCUGGUAGCAACUUGCGAAAAAUCCUCGAGGCCAAACGUGGCUUUGGUCACGCAUGGUGUUUUUAUGAAGGCUUUAACAAACGAUAGUAGCAUUGACCUACCUAGACCUGGUUGGGCUGUGUACCGUAUUCAAAAAGGGGACGACGGAAAUGUCGUCCUUGUUGCUGCGGAUUGA